AUGCCAAAUAUGUAUCGUGAGGCGACGCAUGCUGGAAGCUGGUAUACGGAUUCAGGAGCUGAUUUGAACCGCCAGCUUAAUGGUUGGUUGAACGAUGCAGAUCUAACGUUUGGUCCCGCCCGUGCCAUUAUCGCUCCGCACGCCGGAUAUCGCUAUUGCGGUGCCUGCGGUGCUUGGGCUUAUCGACAGAUUAGCCCCGCCGUGGUGAAACGUGUGUUCAUUUUGGGUCCUUCGCAUCAUGUACGAUUGUCCCGAUGCGCCCUAUCGGCCGCUCAAUACUGCCGUACGCCUUUGUACGAUCUGAAGGUGGAUCAACAAAUCAACAAACAGCUAGAAGCUACCGGUCAUUUCAAGUGGAUGGAUCAAAAAACGGACGAAGAUGAGCAUAGUAUCGAAAUGCAUCUUCCAUAUGUGGCUAAAGUGAUGGAAGAGUACAGCGAUCAGUUUACCAUCGUCCCGGUGAUGGUCGGAUCAAUCAGCAACGAAUGGGAGGAAACAUAUGGGAAAAUAUUUGCACCAUACCUAGCGGAUCCUCAGAAUCUGUUCGUCAUUUCGUCCGAUUUUUGUCACUGGGGCCAACGGUUUCGUUACACGUAUUACGAGGAAGGGUCCGGUCCCAUCUACAAAUGGAUUGAAACGCUGGAUAAGAUGGGCAUGGAUUUGAUAGAAACCCUCAAAGCAGACAGCUUUAGUGAAUACCUGCGCAAGUACAACAAUACGAUUUGCGGGCGUCAUCCGAUCGGUGUACUGAUGCAAUCCGUCGAAGAACUGAAACGCCGUGGUCAUCGGAUGAGCUUCAAAUUCCUGAAAUAUGACCAAAGCAAUCAGUGCUGUGAUAAGAAAGACUCCAGCGUAAGCUACGCCUCCGGUUCGCUGAUAUUUGAGUGA